ACGAUAUUGAUAGCACUUAGUUUGAACAAAACAUUUGGCGAAUAAACAUUCUAAAAGAAAAAUAAUUAAAACAUCAAGAAAGGAAAAAAUAAUUUUUGAGUUCGUUGAAACAUCAGAAUAAUAAUUAAAGAACCAAUCAAACUAACCAAUUCAUGCCAAAAAAGAAAGAACAAACAAAAGAAAUUAAACCACACACUCAUGAAUCAGUUACUUGUUGAAAGUUUGAAGCUGAGGAAAGUUACAACUCCAAUAUCAUCCAGAGAGAAAAGUUUAAUUGGCUUCUAAAAAGUUAAAAAGGAAAUCUUGUGAUCUUAGUAGAAAUGAAAUAACCUUUGUCAAGUUUUAAUUUUAAUCCAAAGGAAAAAAAAAACAAAACAAAACAUUAAUUAAAGAACAGACGAACGUAAAAAAAGAAAAUAAAUUAAGUUCGAAUUCAAAGUGAUUAGAUAAGUGAUAAAAAACCACGACGUUAAUUCCAUUUUAGUUUAAUUAAGUUUGUCUACCCUCAUAGCAUCUUUAAGUAAUUUGAUCCUCGCGAAUAAACUUUGAAAGCUCAUCUAACAUUUUUUAAUGACAACAGCAGCUUUACUUGUUUUUCUUAAGUAAUUAAUUAAUUUAUUAUUAAAAAUUCAACACUCCGAAAUAACAUAAAGAAACAUAAAAAAUGACAAACAUUAAUAUGAUAAACGAGCUCAAUAAUAAUUCCAUCUUCAACGGUAACUCCAAAAAGAAGGAAUUGCCCGAUUCCAUUAUCGAUGCUAAGACUGACACUGGAAGUAUUCCAGGUCAAUAUAAAAGUGACGACAAAUAUGAGCCCUAUACCAUUUACGGAAAUCCCGGAAAUGACGAUAAACUUAAUGCGCUACCACAAUCAACUACCGGCUCACUAAGUUCAAUCACCACAACUUCUUUAGCCUCUGAACCAGGCGGCGGAGGGAGUGGCGAUGAAGAUGGAAAAGGAGACAAGCGUGAAACUGUAGGAAUGACAACAGAAAAAUGGUGGCAAACAACAAUUCAAGUUUCAAUUCCUUUCUUCCUUGCUGGUAUUGGGACGAUUGGAGCAGGGAUAAUUUUAGGAAUUGUCGAGACAUGGGAAGUAUUCACAGCAAUUCCUGAAUUAUUCAUUCUUGUACCAGCACUUCUUGGCUUGAAAGGAAACCUUGACAUGUGUCUUGCAUCUCGCUUAUCAACUCAAGCUAAUCUUGGCAACAUGGAGUCUAAAAAAGAACUUUUGCACAUGGUAGUUGGUAACAUUUCUCUUGUACAAGUACAAGCAACUGUGGCAGCAUUUAUUGUGUCGGUGUUUUCUGUGUCAGUUGGUAUUCUUACAACAGAACCAGCGUUCAGUUGGGAUCAUGCCUUUUUAUUGACAGCGUCAGCUAUGUUCACAGCAACGACAUCGUGUUUUGUGUUAGAUUUCGUGUUAGUGGCCGUUAUUAUACUCACAACCAAAUUCAACGUCAAUCCAGAUAACAUGGCAACACCUUUAGCUGCUUCCAUUGGUGAUGUCGUGACAAUUGCUUUACUCAGCUUUAUCACAUCAGUAUUGUUUGUAAACAUGAAGACACACAUUUGGGUGACAUACGUCGUUAUUGGUACUUAUUUUGUAAUAUUGCCAUUCUGGGUAAUUCUCGUAUUACGUAAUCGCUACACACGACCAGUAUUGAAGAGUGGAUGGGUUCCAGUAUUGUCAGCUUUGAUGAUCAGCGGUUUGAGUGGCUUAGUUUUGCAACGAGCACAAGACGACUUUUCAGGUUUUGUGGUUUUCUCGCCGAUCAUUAAUGGAAUCGGUGGAAAUCUUGUCUCAGUACAAGCCAGCAAAAUCUCAACAAUGCUUUAUCAAAGUUCACUUCCGGGCAUUAUUCCUCCAUUCACAAAGAUUGUUGAGUAUCCUUGGCGCACCCUUUUCUAUGGCACACCUUAUGCUAAUACCGCAAGGAUUCUGAUAUUAAUGUCGAUUCCUGGACAAGUGUUGUUCAUAUAUGUUGCUGAUUUUAUUCAUCACUUAGGAAAUGUAACGAUCGGUGCUCCAUUUGUCUUUUCAUAUUUGACUGCUAGCUUAAUUCAGGUGCUAACCUUGCUCUAUAUCGCCCAUGUGUUAGUUCAUGGAUUGUGGCGAUUCAAAGUUGAUCCCGAUACAGCAUCAAUUCCAUACCUGACGGCACUUGGUGACUUCCUCGGAUCAAGUCUUCUUUUAGGUGCAUUUGCAUUCUUACGAGCUAUUGGACAUGAGUAUGAAGGUCGGGAUAGAGAAACGGCUGAUUUAUUAACUACAACUAGUGAAUUUCUGUUAAAUGCCGUUGGUGGAAUCUAAAUUCUCAGUCAUUUCUUCAUUUUAAAGUUCUUUUCCUUUUUUUAAACUUUUAACGAAAGGAAACGUUCAUGUAUAGAAUUUCAAUGAAACAUCUUACAUGACUAACAACCUUAAAUUUUAUUUUAAAAAGCAUUUAUCGAAGAAAAGAAAAUAGAACAAGCAAUCAUCAAAUUAAGUGAAAGAAACUUCGUUAUGAGAAAAGUUUGUCGCGUGUCCUUAAUUUGGAGAUAAGAAAUGUUGACGAGAAGAUAAAAAAAAGUUAACAAAGAGUUUCAUCACUUCAUCUCAAAGCUUUGAGAAUUCAAAAGAAACGGAUGGAAAUUAAAUUCAAUCUUUAUUUCAUUUGUAAGAUUUAAACUCACAAAAGUCCCAUCAUCGUUAGUUAAAAAUAUUGAUAUUAUUUAAGUUUUCUCUUUUCUAAACUUAUUAGUUUUUCUUCUAAAACUACUGACUAAAUUUAUUUUCUGUAUUGGCUUUAUUUGCAAAUCUUUUAUUUCAACACUUUUCGUUCACUCAUGUUGAUGUGUCGUUUGCCUACUUUGGAUGCUACAUCCAGUGAUUUUAUUAUUUUAAUAGAUAGCAAGAUUUAUUUAAUUUAAUUUCAUAUUCUUUUUAAAUAUUUACUUUACCUUGGUUUAUUGCAAGAUUAUUUUUAAGAAUUUUUUUCUUGUGAAAUAUUUUUUUAAUUCUUAAAUAAAAUUUGUUGCUUCACAAACUUUUUUUCUUCAAUUAGUUACGUAAAUAAAUUUAAGUAAAAUCGAACAGUUUUGUUGAUAUAUUAAACGAAUUGAUUAGAAAUUUACAUACAAUUGAGGCUUAAAUAAUUUUCUUUUGUACAUCAAGACUAAAUCAUUAAAGAUAAUUAAUUGCGUGCCGCAGGGUAAAUGAUAAGACUUUAAAUGGAAUGGUGGUUUGCGUGUGGCUUAGCUAAAUUGAUUAAGAAUUGCUGUCAGUCAUUUAAUAAGAUUUGAUGACAAUAACAAAGAGUUAAUAAGGAAAUAUUUAGAUAAGUGAUAUUUGAGGGAUACGAAAAAAAAACAUAUUUAAAUAUCUACACUUGAAAUACUAAAAUAUUGAUCAUUAUUCCGGAAAGUAAAUUGAUUUCUCAGAAAGAGUAAAAUAAUCCAUUAAGUGUAUAAAAAGACAAAAAUAUGGCCAUUGAAAGUAAAAAGAAAUCCGAAAUAAAAUAUUAAAUAAAUUCACAACCUUGAACAACAAAAAAAUUGUUGAAGAAGAAAUGAAAUUAAAAAUUGUUUUUCUUCAUUCUUUAAAAAAAAUCAUGAUAAAAACAAUUCAGGAUCUCAAAAGUAUGUGAAUACUUGGAAAAAUUGUGAAUAUUGUAUCAAAUAUUUUUCCUCUUGUCGUAGAUAAUUUUGAUAAAUCAUUUAAUCAUUCAAAAACAAGUUGACACAUACUGAAAGCAUAAUUUUAUGUAGUAACAACAAAAACCAUUUGAGAAUCAUCCGAAAAUAGAACAAAGUAGAUAUUUUUCCAUUAGCCAAAUGUUAAACAUCAUAAAAAAUCUGCAAUAAGAGAAAUUUAACGAAUUUUUUUUCAAU